CCUGUUAAUGCUUGCAGGAUAACAACUGCAUUUCUUUUAACGGUACUUACAGUGUGUUCUCAGGCAAAUAAGUAUAUCUGCAGAGUAUUACAGAUACUUUUUGGUACUUUCGUUGUUUCAGGGUAAUUACAGGAUACCUAUGGUGUAUUUUUAGGUGAUCCACAAUAUUUGCAACAGAACACAGGGGAAGCGCAGGGAAACUCAACGGCCCAGAGUUUUAUGGAGAAGUGAAAUUUGAUGACAACAUUUGUGUUUUUAUCGGCACCACCAACACGCGGUUAGGCUGACAUGCCACUGCACGUGACCGACUACACGUGGACCCAGACGGACUCCACGGUCCACAUCAGCGUGCCUUUAAAGGGAGCGACGGCCGCUGGAGUGGACAUCGUGUCAACGGAGGAGUAUCUAAAGGUCCAUUUUCCUCCCUUCCUGUUUGAGGCCUUCCUGUUCGAACCCGUCGAUGACGACCGAAGCUCGGCGAAAGUCGGAAACGGCGUCGCUGUUUUCACUUUACCAAAAAAGACUCACAAAGUCUGGGAGCAUCUGAUGAUAACCACAGAUGAUAAAGAAACAAAGAGGAAGAUCAGAGAGAGAGCUUUACGGACACAGGAGCAGAAACUUUCUGCAGAGUUGAAACAAAAAGCUGAGAAACGGCAAGCGGAGAAGAAGUAUGCUCUGGAGACGAUGAUGAAGCUGGAGAGGGAGGAAAAGGACAGAAUCCAGCAGAUGAAGGACGCAGAGCGAGAGAAAACGACGGCGGAGCUGGCAGCGUGGCAGCUGAGGCAGAAACAGGAAGCACAGGAAGCCCAACGGAACCAGAACCAUCAGAUCCAACAGAACCCAGGCACAAAGCUACCAGGAAACAGACAAACGGAUAUCAGGAAGAACAAUCAAGUUCACAGCGACGCAGAAAAGAAGAAGAAGAAGAUCCGAGCCCAGCUGCCUCCUCCCAGAACCUGCGGGAACAUUCCAGUUACGUUCACCCCUCGAGUUUUCCCGACAGCGCUCCGAGAGUCACGGGUUCCCGAAGAGGAAGAGUGGCUGAAGAAGCAGGCUGAGGCGAGGCGAGCGAUGAGUGCAGAGCUGGAGGAGCUGGAGGAUCUGACAGAGGAGGAGAGGAACCCCGACUGGCUGAAGCAGAAGGGAGACAAGUGUUUCUCAAACGGAGACUACGUGGGAGCGGUGAAUGCGUACAGUCUGGGGAUCCGCCUCAACAGGAAGCUGCCCGCUCUCUACUCGAACAGAGCGGCGUGUCACCUGAAGCUCAGGAACCUUCACAAAGCCGUGGAGGACUCCUCCAAGGCGCUGGACCUGUUGACCCCGGCCGUUUCUGCCAACGCUGCAGCCAGAGUCCGAGCCAGCGUCCGCCGAGGAUCCGCUUUCUGCCAGCUGGAGCUCUACGCUGAAGGACUACAAGACUAUGAAGCAGCUCUGAAGAUCGAGCCCCACAAUGAGGAGCUGCAGAGGGACGCCCAGAUAAUCCGAGACAUAAUCCAAGGUUCUGCUGGACAAAAUGGGACAAAGUGAGACACAAAGACACGAGUCAAACUCACCUGGAGCAGAGAGACCAGAGGCAUAUACGGAUUAACUAAUGUUUAAAACACAACUGGAGCAUCAAAAGUUUUCUUUUUAACUAAAAUGAUUUCAUUUGUUGGGUUUUAAAGAUUUCAGUGACAGAAUAAACUUUUUAAUAAUUAUUUGUACCUUAUUAAAGGAUGUUUGAUGUUU